UUUGUAUCGCGCGCGUGUGUGUGUGUGCUUUUUUGAUUCUGACGUUAAACAACAUCACAAAGUAUAUAUAUAAAUUAAACUAUAUAUAAAUAAAACUAAAUAUCAGACAAUCGAAAAUAUUCGCAAAUGAAUAAAGCAUCACAUUGCAAUCGAAAGCACUAUCGAAUUGUGUAUAUCGUGUAUAAUUUCAAUCUAGAAAAUAAUCCAAAUAUUCUUCAUAUUUUUUUUUCAAACGAAUUGAAUCUUUCUAUUCAUAUAUUGUGUACAAAAGUGAUAUAAAAGAGAGCCUAUGUGUUUGCGUUCCGUGUGUGGUUUUUCUUUCGUGUGUCGUCGUCGUUCGUCGCCACCAUUGCAUCUCACUUUAGUCCGCUGUGGUAAUAAUUUUUUCUUCGUGUGUAUGCUUCUGAAUCAAGAGCUUUAUUCCGUGUUAUUAGUGUUGGUGCAUAGAAAAAUAACAAUAAUAACAGCAUUCGCGGCAUCACAUCAACAAAAUCGCAACAACCCUUUAAAUUGUGUUCAUGCCUUUUACAAAGACCUCCGAAUAUACCAUGUACUAUCUCUAAUAUAUCGAUACAUAUAUAUGAUGUGUUCGUUUGAAUUUUAAUUUUAUUAUAUCAAUCCAAACAAAAUAUCGCACUUGGUAUUUUCAUUAUAGUUUGUGAAUAAUUUCUUAGCUAGAGACAGAGAAAAAAAAACAACAAAUUAUUUAACUGUAGUUGUAUUUCAAUAUGUCUAUGAUUCGAUGAAAAUAUGAAUGAUAAAAUUGAUGCCAGUCGCAUAAAUUUGUAUCGAUUUUGAUAUGUGAACAAAAUGGCAGACACUUUACCAUUAGAUGGAUCGAGUGCAAAAGCAAAAAACAAAGAUCCAACUAAUAAAAUGCCUUUGUCAGCCACACAUACAGGGAUUUGUGUAGACUUUCAAAAUGAUCUUACCAAAAAUAAGAAGUAUCAAAGUGUUAAAAGUGAAAAAUUAAAUAAAGUUUCAGUGAAUAAAGAGUCAGCAUCGAUUGGGCCCGUAACACCAUCAUCUGCUCAAAGGCCUGCUGCACCAACCAAAAAUAGCUAUCAGCAACAAAGAAUGAACCAAACACAAUGCCAUCAUCAAAAUAUGCAAACCACACAUCAGGAUCAACGCACGCUAAUGGAUCUACAAGAAAUUGAAGACUUACGUAAAAAACGGUGCGCUGAUCGAUAUGAUUCAUCUGAAUCGUCUGAUAGUGGCGUAGCAACAUUGAGUAUAACCGAUUCGAGUGCAACAUCGAUUAGUGAAGAUGCAUCAAAUCCUGAGUUACCCGAUAAUCCAACAAUAAACAAUGAUUUGUCACACCAUUUAAAGAAAAACUGUUCCAAGCAGAAUCAGCAGGCUCCCAACAAUAACAAUAACAGCAAUCACAAUAAAAAUAGACAAGAAACGGUAUCAAAUGCGCCACCAUUAGCAUGGCCAUGGAAUGUCAAUUCACAAAUCGCAUCGUUAGUAACAUCAACAACAACCGCGACAACAACUACUUCAGAAUCAACAAAUGCUUCAACACUGACACUAUCGAAGUCAUGUAUUCUAAGCGAAAAUAAGGCAAAUAAUAGUAUAAGUAAUAACUCGAGAAAUAAACGCAACCAUACAUCUGAUUCAGUUGACACAACAUUGAAUAAGCGAAAUCGUUCAAACAAUAGUAGUGUAAAUUUGAUAGCGAAUGAUCACACAUCCGAAAGCGAAACCGAUUUACUAAACAAUCGGAAUAACGAGUCGAAACGUAAAAAUAGUAGUACUACCAUAACUUCAGGGAUAAAUGUAAGCAAUGGUAAUGUACCGAACAUUCGAUCACAAACCAAAAUUACGGGAUUUUUUAAGACUCAAAUGAAAGCACUGCCCAGUCUUCGAAAAGACUUAACAAACAUGGUUGUCCGACCGACUGGAAUUUCUCACAUAAUUCAACCGAAGGAAGAUGCAACAAGAUUAUUGAGUGAAGAAUCUAUACCAAGCAAUGUCACUGCCACCACAAAAUUGGACACGUUACCAGCAUCAUUAUUGAAUCUACCCAUAUUGGGAAAAAAGGUUGAACGAAAAACGGCCAAAGUUUCACCAAUUUCACGUAAAUCCAAUGCCAUGAAAAAAUCAUAUGCAAACGUACUGCCAAAGAAACAUGUUAACAUUGCACCCAGAACAAAUAUCACAUCGAUAACAGUACCGUCAAUUGGGCUACCAUCAAUGGCCGACACAAUGAAAUCACAACGAACAAAAUUUAUGCAAAGUGUGACACAACAACGUCUUCAUGUGAAACUUCUUAAACGUCAAAUGGAAUUUAAUGCACAAAAUGAUUAUGGUGUUGUUCCAUUGUUGACAACCAUUCAUUUGUCUGGUACAGGUGCGACACAAACACAGACACAACAACAGCAACAAACAUCGAUAAAUACCGUUCAGCCAAAUCAAUCGCUUCAGGCACAAAAAAAUUUGCCACAAACACAAAAACCAAAUGGUGCCAUUUACCAAUUGCAUCCCACAUCUGUAAUUCAAAUUCCAGUUGCUACAAAGGAAACCAACACACAAACCACAAAUAACAUUGUUGUUAACAAUGGAUACUUUAUCAAUGGUGCUUUUAUAAAAUUGCAACAGAUGCUUGCACCAGCCACAACAGGUGUCGAUCAGCAAUUUCGUCAGAUCAAGGACAACCAACCGCAAUCCAAUGCAAUUUCAAGUCUUUCAGAUUCACAGUUGACGAUUGCCCAAAAGUCACAAACAUUUCAACAACAAUCAAAUACAAAAAUUGGACCCACAUCAACACUUGUCCAAGAUACAACACAACCAAUAACAAAUCACAAUGAUCUCACGCAGCAUUAUGUUGCGAAUGGGCCGCCAAAUGCCCAAUUCGCUCAACCCGUUUUCAUACCAACCUCAUCUGGUCUAUUAUUAACGGCUGCUUUGCCUACUAUGCUCACAUCGCAAAUAUCUAAUUUACAACCAUUAUCGCAACCACCAACAAUGAAUGCUUUGCAUCCAGUGAGUGAAAAGCCUUCAUUGGCCGUUUCAAUUGAGAAGCGGUCAUGCAUUAAUAUGCAAAUUCCGCAACCAACAUUGGCUGUUACUUUACCCCCCGACAAUAAUAAUAUGCAAACGAGUUUUCUGUCAAAUAAUUUUACAUUCGGUAUGAAUUCAGCGCCAAUGAAUCAACCAAUUAGUAUGAAUGACAAAGGUACGACCGGUUUCAAUCGAUCCAAUUUGUUGUCUUCGAUGACAUUAUCACAGCCAUUUACUUCGCAAAAGAUUGCUUCCACAACGACGAAUACAUAUUCACUGCCUGUAACAUUUUCAUUAUCAUCGCCACCGCCGUUAUGUGUUCAAUCAAAAGAAAUUACCAUGACCAACUCAAAUUCAAUGGCUCCGCAACUGUCUAGUAAUUUCAAUAAUGUUAAAACCAUGGUUCAUAACGGAAAUGACUUAAUUCAGUCGGAAACUGUGAAAAAUAUUCAAAACCAUGACAGCAAAGUAAAUUCUAAGACAAUCGAAAGAACUUCUUUGGAUACUUCAAAUUUGACUGAUAGUAUAAGUAAAAACAUAUCAACGAAACAGAUCUCUUCUGUACGAGACAUUAGAGAUUCACAACAAAAUGAUCUCAAAUUGAUACCAACAUUAAUAGAAAAUAUCCAGGCGGAUAAAGUAACCGAUAAAUCGACGACAAAAGGAAAUGCAGAAACAACGGAAAAACAGGCCACAUCCAAAACAGCAAUUGUUGAAUGUAUGCAACGCACAACCGAACUAGACACCAGUACAAUAAAUAAUGCUUCGUUACCUGAAAGCUCCAAAAGUCCAAUUUUAUCACAACCAAAAACAAUACGAUUCCCAGCAAAUAAAUCACGUAAUGCGAAUGAUAGACGCACAGCCGGUUGUUGUUACUGGGACGAUUGUAAUGAAAAUUGUGAAACAAGUUCGAAUUUAUUGGAUCAUUUGCAAACGAAGCAUGUGAAUCCACAAGCGGCACCAUUUUCAUGCCGUUGGGCCAAUUGCAAAGUACAUGGACGUGAAUCGUGCUCUCGCAAAUGGCUUGAACGGCACGUCUUAUCACAUGGUGGAUCAAAACUGUUCAAGUGUAUUUUUGAAAAAUGUCGCAUGCGUUUCGGUUCACAGCUUGCACUGCAAAAGCAUGUAAAUGGGCACAUCAACAAUAGUGAAAAUAAAGAUUCGAUGGUACGUCGCUCGUCUGAUCCACCCGUUCCAAAGAAAUUACGGGUUAAUGGAAAACGUUUGCGGUAUAGACGACAACCGUUUUCAGCACGAAUGUUUGACUAUUUUGAUAACGGAGUAAUGGAAGAAUUGCAACAUCGUCUUUUGCAUACAGUAACCAUUACAAAUGGCUUAUCUGAAGCAAUAACAUUUAAGGGGCGAUCGAUUGGACGGCGAGUAACUGCAACUGGAUCAGUUGAGCUGCUGAUUAAAUGGAGCCCCAACGAUAUCAUUUCCGAUGAAUGGAUGUCGGCCAAUAAAACAUCGUUCACAAAAACCGUUCAACUCACUGCCUUAACACAAUCUGAGCGCAUUUCUCUCAUGGAGCAUUUGAACUAUCUGUACAAAUUUCCAACAAAUAUAUCUCCAACAUCUUCAUCAGACGAAAUGAGCAGAAAAUCGUGACCAUCACUUUACUAUACAGUGUAAAAUGCUACAAUAACAAAAUAACCACAUGUACCGAUUAAUGCACAAAAAUUCUAAGCAAACGGAAUAAAAUAACACGUAAAUAACUUAUUUUCUUAAGUUGAGACGCGUGUUAUCAUAAUUUUUAUGUACGGCAUUUAUAUGCAUUGCGAGAAUUAAGUCAUUAAGAUUUCAAAAUUUAUACAAAUCUUAUGUUUUCAGAUCUCUUUGGAUCGAAAAUCCCCAAUUAUCUCAUUGAUUAAACGAAAAUAUGUAUAGAAUUUUGUAAAUCAUAUUUUUUUACUGAUUUCAAAUCAAUGCUUAGAUCCAAGUGAAUCUUAAAGCAUAAUUUUGAAUUUGACUACCCGUAGCAGAAUUAUUAAAGGAAAUUAUAUAAACAAUUUUUGUAUACGAUCCGUUCUGCUGCCAAAAUACUACGAUAUCGAAAAAAAUUUGAACUUCAUACAAUGGAUAAAUGUGGUUAGCAGUUUGGUCUUAGAUAAAAGUUGUUUCUUUUGGUACCUCUACUCAUGUGUUCACAUCAUUUACAAUGCUAAUUAGCUGAUAUGAAUCGUAGUAAAUGUUAAUCUUUUAAGGCCAAUAGACUAAAGCAUUUUGGUAUUCGAUCAGUGCAUUUGACUGGAGAAAUUGCCAAAACUUUUUGACCAUAUUUGGUUUCAUGUAACCAAGGGUGUACAACUAUGCUAUUCACAUGAAUGGAUGCUAAUGAUAUGCACUCCUUCUUAUUCGCUCGAGGUAUUAAAAUAAUCAUGAUUUUGAUGUCUGAGAAUGUAAGCAAAGACUCAUUGGAAUGUCCAAUGCAGUCAAAUCUUUUACAUUCAUUCAUUUAUUCAUCGACGUUUCCUAGUUUAAUAUCACAAAAUAAUUAGUAAAAUUUAAUUUUGGCAUUUCAAGUCAGGCAUGUUUUUAGGUAGGCCUUGGACAAAAUUUAUUCAUUUUCUAAAGAUCCUAUUACAUAUAUUCGAUGUAAAGAGCCAAAAAAGGGCGUCAUUUCCUUUUAUAAAUCCUUCCAGUCCUAGGAAAAAGUAAUAUUACUACCCAUGCCUGUUUUAAAUUAAUUGGACUGAACAAGAAAUAAGAUCUUUAAAAAAACAAGUCGCUAUCCAUUUUUUUUAAAUUUUAAUCUCUAAUUUCCAAAGAAGCGAAUUGGUAUCAUCGUCUUCGAAGCUUGCAUAAAAUCAAGCAAAUCCUUAUGAAUUUAUAAUCUAGUUAAAGUGUCUAAAAACUAUUUGUUGUGAUGCACAAAAAAAGAGCUCCGUUCGAUUGAACUGGUCACUCGUUUAUGCCAAUAUAGUCUGAAAAAAAUAUACAAUUUCGCAAAUAGAAACUAAGAUUUCAUUUUAGAUUUAAAAAAUAAAAAUAAAUAAAUAAAAUGCUGCCAGAAUUAGGAAUGAAAUUGAAAAAAUUGAAUCGAAAUGAAAUCUAUGAAUAAUUUGGACGCUCCAUUUUCACGACCGAAUAACAUGAAGCCAGUGCUCGAUCAAUAGAAGUUUGCUCCAAAUUAGUAGAAUAGUAUUUAUCAAAACUGCCGUUGGUAUAUUGCUAGUUCAUGAAAUAAUUCAUUUUUUCUUAUAUUUAAAAUGCAUUUUGAACGUGCUUUUUGUAUAAAUGGCAAAUUUAAUUUGUGAAUGAUACACACAAUUCACGCGUGUGUUCAUAUAGCAUCGUUUGCAUUUUUCAUUUUAUUGCGAGUGAUAUGCGUAUCAUACGGCGUAAAUGUCGUUUGAAAAAAACUCACAAACAUAAUUAUUAUUAGAUUUAGCGAACGAUUUAUUUCCUAAUAUUGAUGUAUUUUCGUCAUAGAAUAAUAUUUAUACACAAUUCAAUGCAAUAGCAUUAUUUUCGAUGAUUUCGACUCAUUUACGCAACUCAUAUACGCAAUCGAAUUUCAAAAUACAUGAAAUCUGGAACGUAACAAAAUUUUAUUUUUUUUAUAUGUAUAAUUCUUCAUUUAUUUAACUCCUUCUUUAGAGAAUUUCAAUACUAAAAAAAUCAAAUAAUUAAAUAAAAAAUGAAGCUAAUGUAUUCUUAUAACUUUAAUGUGUGUAGUGCAAAUAUUUUGCUUCCCAGUUGUAGACUGUUUGAGAAAUUUGAUUGAGAACUGUCUGAUUUUUGGUCUCUCAAUGCUGAUAUAAUUUCCAAAUAAACAUGUCUUCAGAUGAAAAAUUACGAAAAAUCAUGUUUAAGACAGACUUUUCAUUAAUUUUAUUUUAUUUUUAAAAAAUAAUUCCAAUGUACAAAACAAAAAAUUUAAAUGUUUUGCGGGUUGUCAAUUUUGGAUUUCAAAUCAAAAUCAAAAAUGAGGUCAAUUGAUUUGAGAAGCACAGUUCAAAUCAAAUAUAUAUCAUUUAAUUUGAUUUCACCUAAUCAUGUUUUUCAAAUCAAAUCAAGUGAUUCUGUUGAUUUGGAUAAACUAAAAUCAAAUCAUACGAUGAACAAUCCCAAAAAGUAAAAUAAAUUGAUUUUCAAAUCAUGAUUUUUAGAAUGAUUUGUUGAAUUGUCAAAUCUUUUGAUCUCAAAUCUGAUAACCCUUUUGCCAUUUAAACGAAUCGAAAAAAAAAACAUCAUUUAAGUCACUCACUUACUCAAGUCAUUCAGUCAUGUAUUCAAGAAGUAAUUAAAUUAUGGGAAUUGAUUUUUGUUCUGGUACCGACACUAUAUAAUCACCUCAAAAGAAAGGAUUCUAUAUUGAUUUUAUAUUUAAGCAUUACAUCCAAACGGAAUGUAGUGUGGUGUAUUAGUAAAACUUGUGUAUAUUGUGAAAACAACGUUAAUUUACAACUGAACAUAAGAUUUUAUAGGGAUUAUUGAUUAAAAGAAAUUUUUAUUUGAUAGAUGUAGCACUGUAUUUUGUGACGUUCGUGCUGAAAUAAAAAAAAAACUAGUUUUUUUGGAUUUUUCGCAAAUAGUUGAAAUCGAAAUGAAACAUUGUCACGUACAUACUAAAAAUCGAAUAAUAAAAACGUUAACUUUAAUAAGUGGUAAACAAUGAGUUUAAUUUUUCCAAAGACAGUAGAAAUCUAAACCCAAGUCAUCACCCAUAAAAGAUAUUAAAAAUCUAAUUUUACUGGAUAGUUGGGGAUUAAACUUUGAAGCAUCCAAACAAGAUCCGGAAAACUGGCUGUGCUUGAACCAUUAUAAGUAAAUGGUCUGAUUUAUUUUCAACCAAUAAUUAAGCUUCCAAAAUCCUUGUUGGUUCCUUUUUUCUCCACCAGUAGCGCCACAAGCAGAAUGGAAUAGUUUUAGAUUGCCAAAAUAUGAACAUCGUCUGUUAUUUCUACAAAUGAUUACACUUGAAGAAAGGAGAAAAAAAUUGCACAAAUAUCACUUGUAUUAAAAUUAAUCAAUAGUGAUCUUACUUCUAAGUUCAUUUCAAAUUUUCUAGAAUACAAUAAAUUACAACAUUUCACACGAAAUAAUUCAUUUUUUAAAUUGCAAUCAAUUACAUGUUAUCAACUUUUAAUGAAUUCUAUUGUAAACAAUCUGAUUAGUAAUGAAAAAUUAAUUGAAUUUGAAGUAAAAGUUAGUACAGUCAAACAUAGAAUUGAAUUCUUUUUUAAGCAAAACAGAAACAUGGCAUGAUCGAAAUGAACAGUGUGCAGAACGUAGCCGUGCAGUGGAGGGCGCAUAAUGGAACUACGAGCCCAUCACUUUUGGCAACACUGUUCGUAGUGUUUUGACAUUUCAUGAAAUGUGACUUUAAUGUUUGUUGAUAUGAACCGUGUUUGAGUUUUUGAAAUUCUAAUUUAUGAUUGAAUGAAGCGCAUGCUGGAAAACAACCAAAGCUCAUCAACAUCAACAACAGUUUCACCGGAUAAUACUACCAAGAAACAAAAAAAAACAUCUCCACCAAAUACACCAGCCAUACCAAGUCAAAUCUCAGCCAAUGAAAUAAUGUAUUAUGAACAAGAAAGACUCAAAACAUUUGAAUGUAAUUGGCCACAUCAAUCCAUCGAUCCACGUAAAUUGGCCAAAAUUGGAUUAUAUUUUGUUGGGCGAGGCGAUACAGUAACAUGUCCUUUUUGCCACAAUUUUUUGAGACAUUUACGAAGUUUUGAACAUGCAUUUAAUAUACAUAAGUUUUAUCUGUGUCCAUUGCUUUGUCGAUUCAAAACACCAAACGUGCCCAUUCAACCAGAAUCUGAUUUAUAUGAUUUGUUACCACCACGAGCACCUGAUCUUUUUUUAACUUCAAGUGGACGUGUAAUUAUUAGGCGUAAAGCAAUCCGAGACUAGUUUGACCUCCUGAAAAUCAACUACCGAAACCAAAUUGCUACAACGUUUGCAUUUUAGCUCAUUUGCAUUAAUCGUUUUCAGAUCGUCGUUCUCUAGUCGCUACGAUUCGACCAGAAAAUUAUUGUUUAACAUUUGUAUAUUUUAAGGCAAAAAUACAAUACAAAAUCAAUGUCA